GUUUGACCAUUCCGCCUUAUGCGCGGUCGAUGUAGCUGCUUUGAAUGAACGACAUGGUCACGUCGACGGAGCAUUUUCCCGAGCUCGGUGUACGUCCACGUUAACAGUACUAUACCGACCAUGGCGAUUCCGUUGCCUAAAACUCUCCUAUCGCUGUUGUAUUGGCGCGCCGUCGUCGCCGGCACCGGGGUAGAUGAAACUACCGCUCUUCUUGGUACUACUACAGUAGCGGUGGCCGAUGCUGUGGCCGGUUCACCAGAAGCUCCAUCUGCCAGCGAACAAGAGCACCAAGAUGCGGUUGCGGACACCUCCGCCCUCACGAAUAAAGAGGAGCUUUGUGGGUUUCUCGUGUCCACCGAUUCCUUCCAGGUCACCUGUCACACUCCGCACUACAGCACGUGCAAGAACCAGGCCAGCCUCGCCCAGCUCUGCCCCCCCGAAUGCCCCUUCGUCGAUGGCGAUCCCUACUUCCCGUGUGUUGCCAGCUGCGUCAAGGAGGAGCAGUGCCGCCACCGCAACGGGCCGAGCUUCUCGUUCCCGAACAGCACUGCGCACCGCUGCCAGCCCUGCGAGGCGAUCGGCUGCGCGCACUGCGACCCGCACCGGGCGGGCAAGUGCCACAAGUGCAAGGAGCCGGUUUUUCGGUUGGACGAGAGAACCGGGACGUGCGUGUAUGUGUUCGAGACCAAUUUUGGCCAGUACUUCACCAUCUUUAUCCUGACCGCGGUGGUGUUGCUGUUGCCCGCCACCUGCAUGAAGAUGUGGCGGCCGGUGGCGCGCGAGCUGAUUCAGGAGUGCAUUCGAAAGCACAUCGUGCGGUGCAAACCCUUAUCAAAUGCAAAAAUGUCUGGGUCUGGAAGAGUGCAACUUGUGAUGCUGCAUUUGGAUUGCAAAAAAAUCUGUAUUGCAUGAGCUGCAAAGGGAGUGUGAUUUUUGCUACGCAGAGAGGGCAUUUGUUGUAAUGCGGAAUAGGCAACAUCGAGAAUCUCUCAAAAAAUUUGUGAUGCUAGGGCACGCAUCACAGACAUCAAGACUCAUGCAAAACCUGCAUGACAAGUGACUCCACGGCAGCCGGAUGUCCGUGACCUGGUUAUAAAGGGCUUCGUCGAUCGAUUGUGCCACUAGGGCCUUGUGUUCCGGCUACUCCGGAUCGCAAUCGAUGGAGGGCGGGACCUGCACCGGCGACAGGCGCUAUCCAACCAACCAACCAACCAAGUCUCAGAAUCUUCCAGACCCAGACAUUUUUGCAUUUGAUAACCCUACGUGAUCAAGGAGUUCAACAUGGUCCAGCAGGCUGGGGACAAGUAUCGUGAGGAAAAAUCCCCCCUCUCCAUACCAAAAAGGGAUACUUGUGAAAAUUUGCGAUGCUGGUUUGUGGACACAAAUCGUCUCUGUGUUGCAAGAAGGCCAAUCCAGCGACUCCGCCACAGUAUCCAGUCGGUUUGUGAUGCUAUCUGGCCUAAAGAGUACACAUUUGCCAUGCUACGCGCCUACGUCAAAGCCCUUCUACUUAGGCUUGGCGUGGGCCUGCAGUCCUCUACUGCAAGACAGACCUGAUUUGUGUGCGCAAAUCCAGCAUCAGAAACUUCCUUUUGAUACGGGGAGGGGGGAUUUUUCCUUGCAAGAACAAGAGCGAGGACCUCAUAGACAGCGGCGACGGGCAGCAAACCCGAGUGAUCCAGACGCAAAUAGCGACCGGUGCAAAAACGACAGCCCAAGGCGCUAGUAGUACCGUCGCGUCCUCGUCGAACAAGAAUCAGCUGCGCCUGACGCUCGAAGAGGAUGAGAAGGAGCGGGCAACGAUCGACCGGGGGGAGUUAACCGACCGGUCCGAAGAGGACGACGAGGAAUAUCAAAGGGAAGAAUCCCCCCUCUUCAUAUCGAAACGAAGUUUCUGAUGCUGGAUUUGCGUACACAAAUCGGAUUUGUCUUUCUGGAGAGGACUGCAGGCCCAUAUCAAGCCGGAGUAGACAGGUUUUGGCCUAGGCACUUGGCAUGAAAAACGUUCGUGCUGUAGGCCCAACAGCAUGACAAACCGCCGUAUAAUGCGGCGGAGCCUGUGGAGUUGCCUCCCUGCAAGACAGACGCCAUUUGUGGUAACAAAUCAGCAACACAAAUUUGCGAAGACGUGCCCUGUCAAUAUGGGGAGGGGGGAUUUUUCCUCGCGAUAAAGAUACUAGCACAUUCAACGCCAACGACCAGAUGCCCGAAAACAACCGCGCGCUCGCAAUUUCCGUCCCGGGCAAUGAGCCGGAUUAUACAAACGAUCCAAAUCAAGGUGCCACGACUACCGAUCCGCCCCAAGUGUCCCCGCCGGCGCUGAUCAUCGAACAAGCGAGCGUGUGGAACACGAACAUGCACCGGGACUACGUGUGUGGCGUCGGUCUCGUAUCAAAUGUAAAAAUGUCUGGGUCUGGAAGGGUGUAGGCUUGUCAUGCAGAUUUUCCAUGACCCAUUAGGUCUGGAAUGCGGGACUUAGCUUGACAGACUCUGCGAAGUCUCUGCCAUGCCUAUUCUGCAUGAGAAUUUCCGGCCCAACUUGGUCAAAAGCGGACAGCUUUUGGCACUCGUGCAACACAGAUUUUUAUAUGCUUCAGAUUUACCAUGACAAGUUGCAAUCUUCCAGACCCAGACAUUUUUACAUUCGAUAUCUCGCGCUGUACUACAACUGGCUGGUGUUCCUCGGGGUGUGGGCCCUGGUGUGCUGUAUCUUGCUCUACUGCGUCAAAAUCUCCUCCGACUUCGCGUUUCUCGCGACUUAUUAUGACAGCGCACAACUCCCCCUCCCCCUCAUUUGUAUAGCAUGUGCAUGAACAGCAAUACAAGUAUCAGCAAGAGUGCCGGUUUUGCAUGACAAAUUUGCACUGGAGUGUAGUGCUAUUUGGGCUACCAGAACUUGUCAUGCAAACAGUGCCAAGAGGCAAAGGGUGGAUUGGGUACUUUGCAUGACAAAUGAGGGCGAGGGGGGGUUGUGCACUGUGAUACUUAUCCGGAAGCCUGUCCGGCCCUGAAGGACGACGGGAUUGCGAAGGGGCUGACCUUAUCAAAUGUAAAAAUGUCUGGGUCUGGAAGAAUGCAACUUGUGAUGCUGCAUUUGGAUUCCAGAAGAAUCUGUAUUGCAUGAGUACCAAAAGGAAUGUAAUUUUUGCUACGCGGAGAGGGCAUUUGUCAUGCGGAAUAGGCAUCAAGAAGCUCUCAAAAAAUCUGUGAUGCUAGGGCAUGCAUCACAGACAUCAGGGCUCAUACAAAACGUGCAUGACAAGUGUCAGAAUCUUCCAGACCCAGACACUUUUACAGUUGAUAGACCUACGUGGGCAGGACGGGGCCGCCGGGGUCGGGUGCUGGAGGAAAUGCAGCGUCUGCUAAAAAUUCUGGCGGGGAGGCGGAUGUAACUUCGGAUGUCGCAGCGAGUGCUAGGGAGUUGCAAGAUUUUUUUCGUAGUCACUUGCAAGUAGAACUACAACCUGAGCUGCCGCAGAUUGCAGAUGCGGACCUCGAGAAGAACAUCAAAGGCGUGUUGACGAUUUCUGACAAGGAGGUCGUGGAACCAAGCAGAAUGAGCAGAUCUGGUGCCGCAAACUCUACGACAAAGACAUCACCGUGGAGUAGACUUUUUCCGCACACGGACGGGUACGGAUUCUCGAGAACUAACUUGAUGCAAAGGACGCCAAUGCCGGUCGCGGCUGUCCCAGAAGUGGAGACGGAACAAUUGCCAGAAGGAAAAGUAGCACACCAGAAAAGCGAGGAGCCGAUAAUGAGUAGGGCAGAAGUGUUGACGGCCACGACAACUAAGUCGCUCUCCACUUCUGCAUCUACAGUCGUGCUGCGCCGGUCAACACAACCCAACAGGCUGCUCAGCUCGAAUGCAGAAAAAGCAAAAGCAGAGGAGAAUGAUUCAUCGAAAAUUGGUUCGGAUUUUUUCUCGCGUCUCACCAAGGUAGAGAAAGGCAUCCAGACCGUGCGGGGGAAACUUGGUACCGAAGCGAAAGUAUGCAUUGCAAAAGUAUCGUACUCGUAUAAAUGCAUUACAAAUUUUCCCAGCAUGAGAAAUAAAGUUUGUAAUGGGGAUUUACCUUAAAUGAAAGAUUUGUAAUGCAUGAUUGUAAUACGAGUACGAUACUUUUGCACAGGAUAGAAAGACGUAUUUGGAUGGAUCAAAACGCAAACGGACCCCGAUACGUACUUUAUCCUGAGUAAAAACGUACCCACACCAGAGUCAGGAUGGGGAAUCUGCUAGACAAAUCAGCCAGCUUUGGUUGUUUGGCAUGACAAGUUUGUCCGCGUAGUGCAGUGCUGUUUGAGCUAGUUUAGCAGCAUUACAGAUCUAGUGCCUCGUGCUGAUUGGAGCAUGACAAAUUUCAAAACCGCAUUAGAAAAUGCUUCUCAUGUGGCUCCGCAUGAGAAACAUUUUAAGCAUGCAGAGUUGCAUGACAACUAUGGUGUGGGUACGUUUUUACUCAGGAUAUACUUCCGCAGAGAGCCCAACGUUGCAAAUGGGUAUAAGUAAGAACGUAUUUCUUCUGGUAAAAAUGCUCGAGUCAGUCAGUCACUACACUGUGUGCUCAAUGUAGUACACCCUGAGCUAGUAUCGCAUAUUUGAUGAGGGUAUGUGCGGCUGGUAAUUCAUUUUACGGCUUCCCGCACAGAAGUGACACGGACAUUUCUUUUCAACCAAGGUUGCAGCAAGCACGUUUGAACUUUGCGCAGGACGCGCGGCGGGCUAGCUACGUUCUGUUUGUCUUCACGGUGGCCUCGCUGCUGAUAUUUGCGACGAUUCAAAAGAAUAUGAACUGCAAAUUAUAUUAUGUCUGGGCCUGGAAGAGUGGAAGAAUUGUCAUGCAGGUUAUUUUAUUCCAUGACCCAUAAUUAGAAAUAUAAAUCAGGCUGGAAUGCUGCGGGACCUAGGAGGCCAGAUUCUGUGAGACGAUCGCUAUCGUGCCUAUGGUGCGCGACUCAAAAGUGGAUAACUCUUGGUAAGCAUGCAACGCAGAAUUUUGCACGACUCAGACUCAGCAUGGCAAGUCCGUUGCAGUGUUCCAGACCACCCAGACCGGUAUUUGCAAUUCAUAAAGAAGGAAGAGGAAAGGUUUGACGCCGCGCACCCCAACAUCGUCGACUUCGGCGUGGAGAUAAGCGGGCUCCCCACGGACGUGACCGACCCGGGAAAGCUGCUCCAGUGGGUCCACGCGAGGUUGAAGCAGGCCGAAAACUUCCAGGACGCCGAGGACGUGGUGCUCAACGUCUCCAUCGCCUACGCCUACGAGCCCGACUACAAGAUCCCUGGCGUGAACCUCACCUUUCGCCAGGUCGCCGAACGGCUCCUCGCGCGGGCAGACGUCAAGUCUUUGCGCGGUCUCUACCGCCAGGAGCAGUGGCGGCUGGAACGGGAGCAGCUUCGGCGGGGGGACAGCAAAUCACCAGAUAGUUGUGCUGCUGCGCCAAGGGGCGGCGCGCCGCUGCUGCCGCGGCAAAUAUCCACCUCCUCGCCGCUGGCGUCCCAAUCGCUGACGUCCAUGGCGUCCCAAGCUUCACGACCCGGCGGUCAGAACACUCGCGGGGGCCCGGCGCACUUUUCUUCCGUGGUGAUUCCGCGCCAACAGCCGGGCGGCUUGGCCGGCCCGAGUACGGCUAUGCGGGGGCCCGCGAUCAACAUGGAGCCGCCUACCC